AUGAGCGUUGAAGUAAAGUCAUCAUUUUUCUCUCCGGCUAUUUCUCAAACUACUGUACAAGAAUCUAGUAGUGACAUUUCUGAUGAAUUACUGGAAUUAAUCGAUGAACUUAACGAAUCUCUCAAUAAUUUUAGCUUACCAACAGCUGUUAAAUGCGUUUAUAAUCCAAGCAUUUAUGCUAGGUAUACUUUUGAAAUGUACAUUCGGAAAUAUUGUAAUACUAAGAAAAAGAUAAUGUAUUUUGGAAUGAAUCCUGGACCUUGGGGAAUGUCUCAAACUGGGGUCCCAUUUGGAGAAGUGUCAGCAGUAAAAGAUUGGUUAAAAAUAGAAGGACCUGUAGGUAAGCCACCAAAUGAGAUUAAAGAACGUCCAGUAAAUGGUUUUAAUUGUAAAAGAACUGAGAUUAGUGGCAAAAGAUUUUGGGGAUUAGUUAAAAAUAUAUGUGGAGAUCCAGACAUAUUUUUUAAAACAAGCUUUGUCUAUAAUUAUAUAAACCAGCAAUGGAUGAAAUGCAAUGGUUGUAAUCUUACUCCUGGAGAUUUUAAAGUAUCAGAAAUAGAAGGUCUCUAUAAUAUUUGUGACCCAAUUUUUAUUAAAGUUUUAAAACUUUAUGAAGUUGAAAUUAUAGUAGCAAUAGGGAAUUUCUGUAAGAUAAGAGCUGACAAAGCAUUAAAAAAAUAUUUACCUUCGAGUAACAUUAAGGUACUUUGUUUAUCACAUCCAAGCCCUAGAACUGUAAACAACACAAAUUGGGAUGAAAAGGCCUUGCAACAAUUAAAAGACUAUGACCUUUUAAAAUAUUACAAGGAAGAA